AUGAGAGCGGCGUGGGCAGCAUUCGCACUCGUCAGAGAAGCUACAGAUCAACUGACGGACCAAGAUAUCCGUACCCAUCUAUUUGACUAUCUCCGUGCUCAUUUGAUCUACUCGACAGUUCUUUCAGUGUUCUGUUACACAGCGGAGACGUGGGCAGACACCGCUGCCACAUCUAGGAAACUACUCACUAUCCACAGAGCCCUUGAGAGAUGUCUCCUGGAGUUCAACCGGCGCACACAACAUCUCGCCGGUCUUCUAAGCUCCGAAUUCCUAGCAGUUCCCGUUUUCGCGACCCAGCUGAAUAUGUUUUGA